AUGCUUAUUUGUAUCGAUUUUUUUUUUCAGAUUUUUGACGGAAAUGAUGACACAUAUAGAGCAGAAUUACGUGAAGUUUCACCCCCAAUAAUAGCAAAGCGUCUUCGAUUCAUUCCACAUAGUCAACAUCAACGAACAGUCUGUAUGAGAGUUGAGAUGUAUGGAUGUCCAUGGACAGAUGGUCUUGUAUCCUAUGAUAUGCCACAAGGCAGCAAGCGAGGUAAUGAAGUUGAUCUGUACGAUUUUACUUAUGAUGGUAUGAUCCAUGAAAGACUCUCUGGAGGACUUGGUCAGCUAACUGAUGGUGAAGAAGGUGAUACCAACUUUCGUCUGGACUCUUUAGGACUCGGUAUGAAAGGCUAUGAAUGGGUUGGAUGGAAAAAUGAGACUGGAAAAACCAAACCCAUUGAAAUUAUCUUUAAGUUUGACACAGUGCGCAACUUCAGUGGCUUGAGCCUACAUUGUAACAAUCACUACAGUAAAGAUGUACGAGUGUUUCGAAAAGCUGAAGUAUUUUUCAGUAUUGGAGGAAAAUACUACAACAGAACACCAAUUGUGUUUGAAUUUGUCAAAGAUGAAUAUUUUGAAAAUGCUCGGAAAGUUAUGAUAAAGUUAAAUCAUCGUAUUGGAAGAUUCAUCAAAUUGAAUUUAUAUUUUGAAACAAGAUGGAUUAUGAUCAGUGAAGUUCAGUUUACUUCUGGUAAGUUUUACAAUUUAGAUACAGCUCCACCAACAACACUUCCACCUACAUCUAAUCCUGAUCAGAAAAACAGAAAUGGGCAAGAUAAUAAAAAAGAAUUAGAUGAUGGAUAUAUAGGAGUCAUCAUAGGAGCUUUGGCAGCCUUAAUCCUCAUUCUAGUUAUUGUCAUCUGCAUCUUCUUUUAUCGUCACAAACGUAACAAGAACAACAACAACCAUCGAGCACUGAAACCAGUUGUCGACCGUCAUGUUACCAUUAAUAUGAAUGACCUCUGUGGCAGCACAAACGGUAAAAUUUCAAAUGGUAAUAUGUACAACAGUAUAGCAACCGAGGACAUGGACUCUGAAAAGGAGCCAACCUGUAAUGGCAGAGACAAGUCGUGCAAGAGCCCAGCUUAUUUGGAACCAAAAGAUACCAUCCAGACUCGAUCACUGCCAGAUGUCCCACCAAUUUCUGAUUCGGGUGGUUUACCACCACAAUCCUUACCAAACUUGGAACCUGUUAUGAUGAAUGGGCCUCCACCAAAUUAUGAUGCUCUUUAUGCUGCAGCUGAUGUGGUCAAUGUACAGAAUGUGUCCAGUUUACAAGGUGUCAGUGGUAACAAUGUUUAUGCAGUUCCCAAUGCUGACCUGCUUUUGACCAUUGAUUAUUCAGUGAUGGAAUUUCCAAGAGAAAAUUUAAGAUUCCUGGAAGUUCUUGGUGAGGGUCAAUUUGGAGAGGUCCAUCUUUGUGAAGCUGUCAGGAUCAAUGAGCUCCUGAAUGAUGAUUAUUUAACCAACAGAACCCUCUCACGCUCCAUGUUGGUAGCUGUGAAAAUGCUGAGACCUAAUGCUGAUGACCGUGCUAGAAGUGACUUCCAUAAGGAAAUCAAGAUCAUGUCCCAACUCAAAGAUCCUAACAUUGUACGAGUAUUGGGAGUGUGUACCAGAGAAGAACCAUUAUGUAUGAUCGUGGAAUAUAUGAAAUAUGGUGAUCUUAAUCAGUUUUUAUUGGAACAUGUCCCUGAAUCUCCGGUAGCUGAAGCUACUAACGCAAAGACCCUUAGUUAUGGAUGUCUAAUCUAUAUUGCUACUCAGAUUGCCUCUGGUAUGAAAUAUCUUGAAUCUCUGAACAUGGUACAUCGCGAUCUGGCUACAAGGAACUGUCUGGUUGGCCAUAAUUUCUGCAUUAAGAUUUCUGAUUUUGGAAUGAGUAGAAGCCUCUACAGUGCUGACUAUUAUAGAAUUGAAGGUCGUGCUGUUCUACCUAUUAGAUGGAUGGCUUGGGAGAGCAUUCUCUUGGGAAAAUUCACAACGAAGAGUGAUGUUUGGUCUUUUGCUGUUACAUUGUGGGAAGUUCUUACAUUUGCUAAGGAACAGCCAUAUGAAUCUUUAUCUGAUGAACAAGUGAUUGAAAAUGCUGGACAUUAUUAUCGUAAUGAUGGACUACAAAUAGUACUACCUCGACCUGCUAAUUGUCCAAAGGAAAUCUUUGAUUUGAUGCGUGAAUGCUGGAAUCGCCAAGAAAGUGAGCGCCCAUCGUUCCGGGAAAUCCAUAUGUUUCUUCAAAGAAAAAACAUGGGAUACAAUCCUAAGGAUGAAAAAAUGAACCAAAUAAAAGUUCCAAUUUGUUAA